UUCUCCCACAUUUCCUUUUUCUUAAAUUUUUCUUCUUCAAUGUAAUAAAAAUCACUCCACGCUCUUUUCAACUCUUAAUUUUCCGUUUUCUUUGUUCGCCACAAUUGCUGUCUUUAUGUCGGGGCCGGAUUCUGGACCCGAGUUCUUUGCGGGUCGGCCCAGGCCAUGGCGACCCGACGAUCUUCUAAACAGCAACAGCAACACGGAGAGAGCAGCGUACGGCGUCGUUCCGGGGGUUGUGGGUGCCAAUGCGAGCGAGCCGGUGCCGCCGGAGACGGUGGGAGGACUUGUGCGGGAGUUUUCAAAAGCGGCGGCGGAGAUGGCCGUGGAGUUCGGGAAAGGGUGCAGGGAUAUAGUGCGGCAGAGCCUAGGGAAUCGCGACUCUGUAUUGGUCAGAAGCUUCGGGAAGGUCAGGGACUCGUACUUGGGGAAGAUAGUGACGCGACUUCGCGGGAAAUUGAGGUUCAUCAACGAGUAUUUGCCUGAAGAUAAGGAGCCGCUUCAUGCUUGGUCUGUGAUUGUGUUCGUCUCGUUUCUUGCUUUUGCAGCAUUGUAUGUGAAUAGCGAAGGUAGUGUUUCCACUCCCACCCCUGAGAUAAAGAAGAUAUACAUUCAUCCUCCCAGUGCUGCUCGCAUAAUGCUUCCAGAUGGAAGAUACAUAGCAUACAAGGAGCAAGGUGUUCUAGCAGACAGAGCUAGAUUUUCAAUCAUUGCUCCACAUUCUUUCCUAUCAUCCCGGCUUGCAGGAAUACCUGGACUUAAGGCUUCUCUAUUGGAAGAGUUUGGCGUUCGCUUAUUGUCAUAUGAUCUUCCUGGUUUUGGAGAGAGUGAUCCUCAUCCCAACAGAAAUCUCGAAUCUUCAGCAAUAGAUAUGUUGCUCUUAGCUGAUGCUGUUGGUAUUAAUGACAAGUUUUGGGUUGUGGGAUACUCGAGCGGAAGCAUGCAUGCCUGGGCAGCACUCAGAUACAUUCCUGAUAGACUUGCAGGUGCUGCCAUGUUUGCUCCAAUGGUUAAUCCAUAUGAUUCAAUCAUGACUAGGGAAGAGAGACAUAGAACCUGGGAGAAGUGGGCGCGAAGCAGAAAAUUUUUGUACUUUUUAGCUAGGAGGUUUCCUAGAUUUCUUUCGUACUUCUAUCACAGAAGCUUCUUAUCUGGAAAGCAUGGCCAAAUUGAUAAAUGGCUGUCAUUGUCACUGGGAAGGAGGGACAAAGCUUUAAUUGAGGACCCAAUCUAUGAAGAGUUCUGGCAAAGGGAUUUGGAAGAAUCAAUUAGGCAGGGAAAUGUGAAACCGUUUGUGGAGGAAGCUGUUUUGCAAGUGUCAAACUGGGGUUUCAGCCUUGCAGACCUGAAAUUGCAGAAGAAACAACAGGGGAAAGGCAUGCUCAAUUGGCUUAAGUCUCUGCUCAGCGCAGCUCAGGAGGAAUACAUUGGCUUCCUUGGCCCUAUACACAUAUGGCAGGGGAUGGAUGAUAAGGUGGUCCCACCGUCAAUGACUGAUUUCGUGCACCGGAUUUUACCAGGAGUUGCAGUACAUAAGCUCCCAUACGAGGGCCAUUUCACCUAUAUCUACUUCUGUGAUGAAUGCCAUCGACAGAUAUUCACUACACUCUUUGGAACACCACAAGGGCCACUGGACAUUACAAUAGAAGUGGAUCAAAGUACUCUUGAAGGUAAUACUGAAGAACAGGAAGAAGUAGCACUUGGUGAUUCUGUUCCGGCACAGGCUGAGACAUGAUUUAUUCCAAGUUUACGUCAGAGGUACAAUGUAUAUACCAUAGGUCGCUACGUUACUUGUAGUGUGGAAAAAAACAAAGAAAGGGAAAAAAAAUAAAAAUAAAAA